UUUUCUCCUGGAGGUCAGGUAACAGAUGUUACAUUUCAGUGUCUUCUUGCUUCCCAUCGGAAAUGGAGGGGAUGGGUGGCAGAGGCACGGAGAUACAGCUAAUUAAGGAGUGACUCCUAACAGCCCUGGAUGGGUGGUGCCACCCUGGCCACUGUGCCAUCUCUCUGGCCUCUAUAGGAAGAAUAAGGAAGCAUUCUAGAAGCUGAGAUCUGGAAGUGAGCAUAAGGAAUUGCAGGACUUGUUUAUGGAGGGAGGGCAAGGCAUCCAGGGCUGGACUCUCUCUCAGACAUAACAGCAUUCAUGUGCACACAUCCCUCCAGAAGGGAAGGACUCUGCUUCGCACAGAUGACACCCAGAGGGCUCACACACACACACCUUGUGAGCCCCUCCAGCAAGUCCUCAGCUAAGGGGCAUGUGCACAAAGGACAGAUCCGGAGAUGUUCAUUCAAGUGCACACACUGGCAGAGACUACAGAGGCAUGCACACACCUGGAGGGGCUCUUGGCCCACAUGGGCACAAACACGUAAAAGGUACUUACGCAGGCACACACCUACAGGGUACUUCCUGGGCCUGCAAGUACACACCCACAAGGAGCUCACACACAGAGGAUCCAGAGGCACACACACAACCUGAGGGGCAAUCCCAGAGCCCGUGGGCACAUUACACACUCACAGAGUCAUUCACACACUCAGAGUGGGUGGAUUCAUGUACAUAGCCAGGGUGCCCCUGCACACGAUCACACAUCUGGAAGGAGCUCACGCAGGCACACACCUAGAGGGCGCUGCCAGGGCCCCAAAGCACGCGCGCCCCUAGGUGUUCCACAAGCACACACCCAGAGGACGUAGACGCAUGCCUAGGGGGCGCUCGCACGGCCCACGCUCCCACGCACGCACACACACCCCUGCCCUGCCUCCCACCCGCCUCCGCCUCUGCCUCCGCCUUCUGGGAGGCUCGAGCCGGUGCGAGGCGGUUCGGCAGCCGCCGGACGGGCUCCGAUCCAGGGUGGUGCGGGGCCUGUGCGGGGGAGCCCGGAGGCGCGGCCGGCAUGGAGGCGCUGCUGCUGGGCGCGGGGUUGCUGCUGGGCGCCUACGUGCUUGUCUAUUACAACCUCGUGAAGGCCCCGCCCUGCGGUGGCAUAGCCAGCCUGCGCGGCCGCACGGCUGUGGUCACGGGCGCCAACAGCGGCAUCGGGAAGAUGACGGCGCUGGAGCUGGCGCGCCGGGGAGCGCGCGUGGUGCUGGCCUGCCGGAGCCGGGAACGUGGUGAGGCGGCGGCCUUCGACCUCCGCCAGGAGAGUGGGAACAAUGAGGUCAUCUUCAUGGCCUUGGACUUGGCCAGUCUGGCCUCCGUGCGGGCCUUUGCUACUGCCUUCCUGAGCUCUGAGCCACGGCUGGACAUCCUCAUCCACAAUGCCGGGAUCAGUUCCUGUGGCCGGACCCACGAGCCAUUUAACCUGCUGCUGCGAGUGAACCACAUUGGCCCCUUCUUGCUGACACAUCUACUGCUGCCGCGGCUGAAGACAUGCGCCCCCAGUCGCGUGGUGGUGGUAUCCUCAGCCGCCCACCGGCGAGGGCACCUUGACUUCACACGCCUGGACCGCCCAGUGGUGGGCUGGCAGCAGGAGCUGCGGGCAUAUGCCGACAGUAAGCUGGCCAACGUGUUAUUUGCCAGGGAGCUCGCCACUCAGCUUGAGGGUACUGGUGUCACCUGCUAUGCGGCCCACCCAGGGCCUGUGAACUCAGAGCUAUUCCUGCGCCACGUUCCUGGAUGGCUGAGCCCACUUCUGCGCCCACUGGCUUGGCUGGUGCUGCGGACGCCAAGAGGGGGUGCCCAGACACCCCUGUACUGCGCUCUACAGGAGGGCAUUGAACCUCUCAGUGGGAGAUAUUUUGCCAAUUGCCAUGUAGAGGAGGUGCCCCCAGCCGCCCGGGAUGAUCGUGCGGCCCACCGGCUGUGGGAGGCCAGUAAAAGGCUGGCAGGGCUUGGGCCUGGCCAGGAUGCCGAACCUGACGAAGACCCCCAGCCUGAGGACCCAGGGACCCCAUCUUCCCGGAGCAGCCCCCUCUCUGAGGAGCCCACAGUUUCUGAACCCCAUGCCAUCCCUCACAAUUCACCAGACUUGUCUAAGGUCACACACCGAAUUCAGGUUAAAACUGAACCUGAGCCCUAAAUCUCCUAAUCCCCAGGCUGGGGUGCUUUCCAUGGCACUUGGUGGCCCUUGAAAACCUGAACUGCAUGCCAGGCCACGCCUUGGGCACUGAGGGGUUUGCAGGUUUUACCUCCAUGGUUCCUUUCUGGAGCUUCAAGUUGUGUUCUUCCGAGCGGCUCUUUUCCUGGGGGAAGGAAAUCAUGGGCGAUGAUUUCUUCCUGAGAAUAACAAUAAUCCCAGAUUGAGAGGUGAGGGUGGGGGCGUGAUUAAUGUGCCAGACAUUGCUUCUCAAGAAUUUGAAUUCCAUGUUUCUGGUCCCCACUCUGGAUGAUGCUGAUCGGCUCUGGAUGAGGACGUGGGGGGUUGUGAUUUGAUGCACUGCCAACACGGAGAUUUACUGAACUUGGGCCCGUUGCAACCACGUAGCCAGGUAGUUAAGUGACCCCCAUUUGCAGAGGCGGGAUUAGGCUGCAUUGGUAACGGACUCGCCCAAGGUCUCCCCGCGGGUAAGAGCCGGAGCGGCGGGACUCCAGGGCCCCCGGCGGUAAGGUGGGGGCGGGGAGGUGAGGCAGGGCCGGGCGGUCGUUAUGCAGGCGGCCGG